UUGACAACCUAACUAUUCAUAUCUAGGAGACUUAACUAAGGAGUUUUAAAGAAGGAAAAGAAACCACCAUUGCUCAUCUUCCACGUUAUUUCUACCCCCCUUCUCCUGAUUUGGUCCCCCAGAAGAAUAAGAAGGGAACAGCAAUUUCAUUCCUAGUUCUCCUGCCCAAAUUAUGUUGUUCAUGUUUACUGGGAAGAAAAAGGGAGGUAAUUAGGGAGACUUCUGAUUUUGAAGGCUCUCAAGCAAUCCAGAAUCCCAAACUAAAAAGGCAGUGAAAGGAUAGGAACCUUUGAAUUAGACAGACCUGGUUUUGAAUUUUCCCUUUUCUACUUACUGGCCAUGUAAUCUCAGUUUUCAUGUAGUGUGUAGAGCUCCCAGCAUGGUCCCUUGCAUCCAGGAAGCACAUUUCCAGUAAAUGGUGGUCAUUUUUAUCCUUCUCAAAGUAAGUCAUAGGAGAGGGAUUUCAAAUUGAAGUGAGGCUGAGAGUUAAGCUACAUAGGAGGACUAAAAGUGGGACUGGAUUCAGAAAUGACACAAAUGAAAAAGGGUUAAAGUCAAAGUUGAUCCAGGCCUUUGGAGCUUAUUGUGUAGCUGUGCUGAUUAUACAUCAUAUGGGUCAAUGUUAUGAAGACUGGGGGAGUCUGGCAGAGUUCCUGCUCCUCCCAGGGCGAUAUCAAAGGGCAACAGGAGCUGUGACAGAAGACAGACACUCAGACUAGAGCCAGAUGUGGAACUGAAGCAGCAAGAGGAAACACAAGAGCAUAGGAAGUGAGAAGACAACCAAGAACAAACUAUUGUCAGAGGAGUGUGCAUGUCCUGCUGGAUGCCUGCUUUUUCCCUCUUGGAACUCCUUUCUGUUACUGUUUGGAGCACAGAGGGGCUGCUGAGAUGGAGAGUCCCAAGACUGAUACAGAAAUGCCAUAUCCUGAGAUUAUAGUAGAAGUGGGCAGAGUCACUUUUGGAGAAGAAAACAGGAAGAAGAUGACCAAUAGCUACUUGAAAAGAUCUGAGAACUCCAAAAUCAUCCAGGCUAUAUGUGCACUGUUAAACUCUGGAGGGGGUGUGAUCAAAGCAGAGAUCGAAGAUAAAACCUAUAGUUACCGAUGUCAUGGGCUGGGACAGGAUUUGGAAACUUCUUUUCAAAAGCUCCUUCCUUCAGGUUCACAGAAAUACCUUGACUACAUGCAGCAGGGGCACAGUCUCCUGAUUUUUGUGAAGUCAUGGAGACCAGAUGUUUUCAGCCUCCCACUAAGGAUUUGCAGCGUGCGCUCCAAUAUAUAUCAGAGAGAUGUCACUUCUGCCAUCAACUUGAGUGCCACUGGUGCACUGGAGCUUCUCAGAGAGAAGGAGUCUAGAGGCCAAAGAGGAAGGCCAAGGGUGAAGGAGCUGCAGCGUUGGCAAGUUCUCCACAAAUACAUUCAGGAAGAGGAAGAUAUAAAGAUGUCUGCUUCAGAAUUUUUUAAAAGAGACAAACUCACGUAUAAGGAGAAACUCAACUUUACUGAGUCAACACACGUUGAGUUUAAAAGGUUCACCACCAAAAAGGUUGUACCUCGGAUUAAAGAAAUGCUGCCUCAUUAUAUUUCCGCAUUUGCCAACACUCAAGGGGGGUACCUAAUUAUCGGGGUGGAUGAUAAGAGCAAAGAAGUGUUUGGAUGUAAGGGGGAAAAAGUGAACCCUGACUUAUUAAAAAAAGAAAUAGAAAACUGCAUAGAAAAAUUGCCUACUUUCCAUUUCUGCCGUAAGAAGCCAAAGGUGAAUUUCACUACCAAAAUCUUGAAUGUGUACCAGAAAGAUGUCCUGUAUGGUUAUGUCUGUGUGGUUCAAGUGGAGCCCUUCUGUUGUGUAGUGUUCGCACAGGCCCCAGAUUCCUGGAUCAUGAAAGAUAAUUCUGUCACAAGGCUGACAGCUGAGCAGUGGGUGGUCAUGAUGCUGGAUAUUCAGUCAGCUCCUUCCAGUUUGUCCACACACGACAGCUCUCAACUGAUUUCAGCAGCUCCAUCUGCACCAAGAAGCCCAGGAUAUCUCAUAAAAGUCCUGGAAUUUAAGGAGGCUCUGCAACAACAUUUAUUUCCAGUGACACAGGAAGAGGUACAGUUUAAACCAGAGUCCCUCUGUAAGAAGCUAUUCUCAGAUCAUGAAGGACUGGAGGAAUUAAUGAAGACACAGAUACAUCCUUGUUCUCAGGGGAUUGUGAUAUUUUCUAGAAGCUGGGCUGGUGAUGUUGGCUUAAGGGAAGAACAGAAUAUCCUGUGCGAUGCUCUCCUAAUAGCAGUUAACAGCCCCCUGGUUCUCUAUACAAUCUUGAUAGACCCCAGUUGGCUUGGAGGACUUGAAUAUGCCCGAAACACUGCUCAUCAGUUAAAGCAGAAACUGCAAACUCUUGGUGGUUACAAAGGAAAAGUGUGCAUCAUUCCAAAACUGAUACACCUGACCAGCGCACAGUGCAGACCUGGUGAGAUCCCUGUGCACUACCCCCAGUCCUACAGGCUUGCUGAUGAGGAUGAAAUGGAAGACUUGUUGCAGGCCCUUGUGGUGGUCUCCCUGUGCUCCAGAUCUCUUCUGAGUGACCAGCUGGGCUGUGUAUUUUUCAACUUGCUCAUAGCAGAGCAGAGCGAGUUGCUUUCUGAGAGCCUCCAGGAGAUGCGGGAAUUGUUCAUCCACUGCUUUCCAGGGACCAGGAAGACAGCCCUAGCCAUAAAAGUCAUGGAUAAAAUUAAAGAUUUGUUCCACUGCAAACCAAAAGAAAUCCUCUAUGUUUGUGAAAGUGACUCCCUAAAGGAUUUCGUGAUCCAACAAACCACCUGCCAAGCUGUGACCCGGAAAACCUUCAUGCAAGGGGAGUUUCUAAAGAUUAAACACAUAGUGAUGGAUGAGACUGAGAAUUUCUGCAGUAAAUAUGGUGACUGGUACAUGAAGGCUAAGAACAUCACCCAUCCAAAGGUGAGAGGGGCUGGAAGUGAAAACCUUCACCGUGGGGUUCUCUGGAUUUUUCUGGAUCCUUUCCAAGUCCAUCACGCAGAUGUCAGUGGUCUUCCCCCUCCAUCUGCUCAGUUUCCUCGAAAAACAAUCACCAAUGGGAUCCAUUGUUCUCUGGAGAUAGCAAAGCUCAUGAAAGAAGAAAUGAAGAGAAUCAAAGAAAAUCCUCCCUCCAACAUGUCCCCAGACACACUGGCGUUGUUCAGGGAAGUUGCCUAUGAGGAAGCAAUGUGUGCCCAGGCUCUGCCUGGGGUGUGUGAGACAAAGACUAACCUGACAACAGAACAAAUAGCGAAUUAUGUGGCAGAAAGAUGUCACAGCCUGUUCCAGGGUGGCUAUCUGCCCAAAGAUAUAGCAAUUCUAUGCAGGAGAGGGGAGGACAGAGGACGCUAUAAGCUUGCACUGCUGAAAGCAAUGGAAUUAAUUGAGACCCAAGGAGCACCAGAGGUGGUGUUCAGCCAGGCCCCUGGUGUUUGGGGCAGUCACAUCAUUCUAGACAGUAUUCAGCAGUUUUCAGGCCUGGAGAGGAAUAUCGUGUUUGGGAUUAGUCCAGAAUGUGCCCAGUCAGAGGAAUUUCCUAAGCUCUGCUUUGCCUCGAGAGCCAUUAAACACCUCUACCUGCUUUAUGAAAGGAGGACAGCCUUCUGAAAAUUAUUACAAAUAAGGCAGGAAGCCAGGCAGAGCAGAGUCCAUACACCCAGAUGGGUGGCAGCCACUCUUUUUUAAUGUUACAAGUAAGGAAAUCAAGGCACAUCAGUAUGGCCUGGAGCCACGGAAAUGUCUCUUGGGGCUGAUGCUUCCACUCUAUUUGCAGUGCCACUGUCCUUUUCCUAGUCCUCUCUGCCUCCUCCCUGACAAUUACAACAGGCUUCUAACUGGUCCCUGGACUCCAGCUUUCCUAGCUCAAUCCAGCUGUC